GUCAUCCCGAGCCGCUAGGAUGGUGACUGACGUGCAACUGGCGAUUUUCGCCAACAUGCUGGGCAUGUUGCUCUUCCUGCUCCUUGUCCUCUAUCACUACGUAGCCGUCAACAACCCCAAGAAGCAAGAGUGAGGAUUCCUUCACCCCCCCCC